GCAGGCUACAGCGCUGCUGUUCGGCAUUAGCGCUAGCGCAGCGACAAGGCUAGCUGAUUGUCCUGAACUGCGGUGAUCUGUCGGAUGAUUAAAAAGAGAAAAAAAACAGAAACAGGAUUACUUUUUUCCCUUUCUGUUCUCCAACUCAACUUGUAUUUAUUGACUGAUUUAAUAAAGCUCAAUGUCCCGGAAGUGAACUCGAACAGGACGGCUUUCACUGACUGCAGGGCUGAAAGAUGUGCGAUGGGAUGGCCACGCGUUCACACGCUCUGGUGAUCGUGGCACUGCAGCUGCUCCUCUUCCUCACCGCGCUCCCCACAGGCCAGGCCUCAGGUUGCCCCAGGCCCUCGGCAGUGCUGCAUGGCCGAGGAAACCUCACCGAGACGAACCGCGGCUCCUUCCCCGUGGGCACAGUGCUGCAGUACAGCUGCGACUCGGGAUACACGCUAAGCGGCGAGAGCGUCAUCACGUGUAUCGCACCAGGACACUGGUCCUCUGCCCCACCGCACUGCCUCAAAAACGACGUGUGUCGUCCCCCGAGUGAGCCGGAGAAUGGGGGCUACAUGUGCCACCCCUCACCCUGCCCCAGACUGACUGAAGGCACAGUGAUAGAGUAUUUCUGUGAUGAAGGCUACACGCUGAAAGGAUACAGAUACCACACAUGCAGGAACGGAGACUGGGACUCGGCAGCACCCAUCAUCUGUCACCUGGGGCAAGGAAAGGAAGAGCGCUCUACCCUUGGUAUGCCAGCUCUCUCCAUCAUGGCCUCCACUGCCAGCUCUGUGGCACUCAUCCUGCUGCUGGUCGUCCUCUUCGUCCUGCUGCAGCCCAAACUCAAGUCCUUCCAUCACAGCAGACGUGAGCAGGUUGUAUGCGGCCAGGCGGCCUCCAUGGUCGUAGAGGGAGUUCAGGUCUCUCUUCCUUCCUACGAGGAGGCGGUGUACGGCAGUGGCGGCACAGCAGCUCCUCCCCCGGAGUCCCGCGUAAACAUUGUGCUCUCCGAGGGGCCGCAGACAGAGCCUUCAGCUUCAGAGCUCAACCAAUCUCGACCCGAGCACAGCCUCCCCUCCACCUCCGCCUCUGCACGCUCCUGUCACGCAGAAACAGUGCUCGUUCACCAGGACCCCUCUACCUCCUCUCCAUCCUCCUCCUCCUCCUCCACCUGGGUGUCAGAGCAGCGCGGGGCAGCAGCAGCGGCAGCGCGUAGGCCAAGCAGCACGAGCAGUGACCAGCACAGCCUGCUCUCUCUCACCUCUGUAGAGGAAUAUGGAGACGAUAUCCCUCUGCUGAAGGAGGCCUGAGAGCACACGCAGCGUCCUCCAGUCUAUGGAUGAUGACCAGGACUGUGGCUCCUUAAGCUUUUUACCAAACCCUUCCCCCAUUGCUGCCGUACAGAACGCAGGAGUAACCAAAUGCCUCUCCACUGACCCUUUGCCCCUUCAACUCUCUACAAACUCUCUCCGAGUCUGUUUGCACCGCGUGUAACCGCUCAUCCUCCCUCGCCUCACUGUAAAACACCGCCAUCACGCUCCACGCGCUCCCACCUUCUCCCUCAACCCACUGCACAGAUGCUCUAGACUAUACAGGAUUAUGUAUAACGCGUAACAGGCUGAAUAACACGUUUAUAAACACCACCUCUUCCCUCAGCGCUGUACUAACAAGCAGCUGCCUUCGUUCUUCUUCUCCUCAUACAGUUUACCAAUGCAUUCAAUCAGGUUCUGUGUAAACCUUUCAGUCCAUCAGUCACUCUGACCUCUCACACGAGGUCCACUAAAUCAGGUUUUUUUUUUUUGCGUUUAAUGCUGCAUGAUCUGUGCAUCACAAUUCCCAAACGAGCGUGCACACACACACACACACACACACACACACACACACACACACACACACACACACGAGAACACGCAUGCUGCACAGGACAGCUGGACGAGAGAGAGAUUGAGAACUGGUUUACAUUGUACUGUAUUCAAGAACAUGCUUGCCUUUCUGUUUGCUGCAAGCUCUGUGUGGGUGUGGGUGUGUGUGUGUGUGUGUUUGGCUUUACAUGUCUGACUGAAUGAAGAGGGCUCAAAUGUCUUGAUUUUUAUUUUAACGCAGCACAAGAUUGUUAUUUUACCUCCCGGUUUUGGACCAGGAGAUUAUCAUAUACAUCAUAUCAUAUACAUCUUAGAACAAUGUGUGUGUGUGUGUGUGUGUGUGUGUGUGUUGGCUUUGUAAUGGCUUUCGGUUUGUCCAGCUGUGCGCAUGAGGAGCAGUAGAUAAACACGAUUACGCCCGAAAAGGAAACUGAAAUUAGGAAAGGUCACGUGAAAGGGUGGACAGAUCACUAGAUUAGGCGCUGUAUAUCUUCAUCAUUAUUAUUAUUAUUAUUAUUAUUAUUAUUAUAAUACAAGCCUAAAAAAAUUACAUAGAAAAACUCCCAAACCUAAAAGAUGAGUGAUUUUUUUUAUAAUAAUAAUUCCUAAAUAAAAAACAUUUUAUUUAUAUGUCUAUAUCUCACCACCUGCUGCAUUACGCACAAAAAUAAUGCUAGUAAUAAAAUACAAAACACACAGAGUACAAUGACAACAAUAAAACACACAGUCCAUAAACCCCACCCCCACCCCGGCGUUAACGAGAAUCAAUAAUGCCUUUAUACAUGUGAUGAUUGAUUACAUUAUAAAUGUAGAGAUUAGGAUCAGGAAUAAUAUGUUAAAAAGCUUCUUGUCCUCCUUCUGGAUCAACACACAUUAAUAAUAUUGAAUUAAAUGACUCCAGAUUAAUUAAUCCUAGACUUCAUGCGCCAUUUAAAUAUACGAUUUGUCCACCGCUGAACCAAUCUCAUUUAAAUUAAGCCCCCCCCUCCUCCCCCAAACCCCCCUUCUACCAAUCAGCUAACAGCAGCGCUUGGUGAUUUUUGUGCAUUUUUGCAUGCACGCUUUUUUUAUUGCACAGUAACUAAUUGCUAAUUGAUCGUCGGAAAAAUUGGACGAAGAAUCGGUCAUUAUCGCGUCCGUCUUAUCGAGAUUCAGAAACAUGAGUGUCAGGUCAGGUUCGUGUGGUCAGACAUGCUUCUUUAUUUAUUUAUUUUGUUUUUCUGCAAAAAAAAACAUGGCUCACGAGACAAAGCCGAGCUUUCGCCUUAAUAGACUUGUACAUUUCGUUAUUUUAUUUUUGUAAUCCCGCCCCCUAUCACGGCAUUGAUCUCGUCUUCACUCGUCCCUACAACCUUUCCGUUUGAUUUCCUAUGCAUUAAGGCUUUCUCAGAAGGUGGCGGGUUUUAUUUCUUUCUUGUUUUCUGAUGCUGUAUUAUUUUUUUUGCCCCCAAUCAGUUUUGAAGAUCGCUGCAGGUCGAAAAGUUGGACUUUCUAUUGUUUCCUUGAAGAACACCAUUGUAUGGUGUGACCCAUCUCAUCUUACCCCAUUUUCAGCCGUUUUAUUAUUAUUUUUUUCUCUGUACAUUGCAGUGGGUGUGAAGAUAGUAUUUUAAUAUUUGUAUAAAGGUUAAUUUAAUUCUACAGUUUGUGUGUGUAUAUAACUAUUUCUAAUUAAAGCUUUCUUUUAAAGUGCAA